AUGUCGACCCGCCUUCCGAUCAUCUAUGGUGCUGGUCUCUUCGGUGCCCGAGGGACAAAUGCAAAUAUCAACGAUCUAGCUCAAGCACAGAGACUACUAGAUGUUUGCAUUCAGUACGGCGUCCAGGGGAUCGAUACGUCUCGAAUAUAUGGCAUAGGCACAUCUGAAGAGGUAGUGACAUUUUCCCGAUCUGCCAUCUCCAUUCGAUCGUCAUUCAAUGUUCAUUGUGGCAGUACCUCUCAAAACUUGAUAUUAAAGGAGCUCGGGAUCUUCCCCCGGAAACCUGGAGAUCACGCCCCUGAGCGAUUGAAGGAGCUGGUUCAUGAGUCCAUCAAGGCGUUAAACGGAAUCAAAAUCCGGGUGUUGUAUCUUCAUGCGCCAGACCGUUCUGUUCCUUAUGAAGAUACUGUAAAAGCUCUCGACGAGCUCCACAAGGAGGGCCUUUUCGAGCACUUUGGCCUUAGCAACUAUUUAUCUUUUGAAGUCGCUGAGAUCGCAACCAUCUGCCGACUCAAAGGCUAUGUCAUGCCUACCGUCUAUCAAGGCGUUUACAACUAUCUUGACCGCACUGCUGAGCCUGAGUUUGCAUUCCGCGCACCUUCAAACUUUUCCCUUGCCUCCGCAAGUAUGGCAUCAGCUUUGCUGCUUAUAGCCCUCUCGCGAUGGAAUAAGGAUGGGAGCCAUUGGGAUACGAAGACGGGAGGUAUCAGCCAUUAUUACUCCUUUCGCUAUGGGCAUGCGAUACCUGCAUUGCGAGAAAUCAAGGCUUUGGCGGACCAAUUGGGGCUUACGCUCAAUGAAGUCGCCGCUCGAUGGCUGAUGCAUCACAGCAGGAUGCUGGAAUCUGACUGGGGGAUUAUCUAUGGUGGGAGCAAGACAGACCAGCUGGAAGCGACACUGAUCGACUCCUCGAAAGGGCCGCUUCCCAUGGAGAUAGUUGCCGCCCUCGAUGAAGCUUGGCUCAGAGUCAUGCACAAAGUCCCAUUGUAUACCCAGAUCACCCCGUCGUGA